CGCUGGGCCUCAUCGUCAAACGCGCUCGUCCACGAUCACGCAAGGUCAUGGCGGAUGCAUCCACACGUACAAACAAACACGCACAAACACACACCUCAUCGAUGCACCGUUCGUCCUGACGCGCAGGGCCACACGGUGCAAACACCCUCUCGCCCUCAUUUCAUGACAAUCUGCGUGGAAUUUGCCGGGCUAGUGUCGACGCGAUCCUUCAUUAAGGUUAUGCUUUCCGCCGCGAUCAACCGACUGAACAGCAGGUAGAAGGGCGACACGGCCAACCUGGCUCUGGGCAUCUUUUCGGCCGAUCAACCAGGCCCGCGCGAGCGAAGAUCACGUUCCCAGGCCAAAGCGCGGGUCAAUGGGUGUUGGAGCAGCCAUACUUCGCCGUGUUUUCUACGCCUUCUCAGAUCUGCCACGUCUAUCCGGAUCGUCCUGUUGAGACCUCUGCGCAACCCAACGACAACAUUCCGCUCAGCCCUAAGGUCUGGUACCGGCCGUGUGGGAAGACGGACGGAGACCUGUCAUGGCUCCCUAGUCGACGCGAAAACACGUCCAGUCUCCUAAGGAGGGAUGGAUCCACCCAGGAAAGUGUCUUUUUUCACUCGUGGCUUGCUUUAAAUUCCGAUAGCGACGGCACCAUGGAAGACGGGCGCCGUGAAUUCCCCAAAGAAGCUCAAGCCACGCGCUGAAGCAUUCACAGGGCGUAGUGUUGUUUGGGCGGUGGUGGUGGACGACCUCGGACCGCGUCUUCUGCGUGCUCGCACGGUGUCGGGCCGGGUAGUGCACCUUACGACGGCGGCGGUGAGAGCAGGGAAGAUACGAGACAGCGGCUCCGAUUCCAGGCACAGGACCAAGGGCCACUGUAUAUCCCGGCAUCCCCCAGUGUGACACAAGGUGUGCUUCCAUGCCGACCUAAUCUCUCGUUUCGUGGGGAGGCGCAUUUCCAUACUGACUUGGCCUUAAUCCGGUUAGUCCAACGGCCGGCCGACUUCAAACACGCUCCUGUCUCUGUCCGGCCAUGCUUGAAACACUUUGCGAUCAAAAAGACGUCUCUCGUUCUCUUUCGGCGCUUUUUUUUUUCUUUCGCGUGUCACCCCCUCACUCGCUACUUUUCCUUAUUUCAUUCGACCUUCUCUCGCUCUCUCUCCAGGUUCCCAUUUCGUUUGCAGUCUUUGUCCAACAGUUCGUGACGCCCGGCCCGCGUACUCACCUUGACCCCUGCUGGCAAUUCUCGCCUGCGUGAGCGAUCUGAGGCACUCCCACUUCGCUUGGACACUCUGUUGUGCUCGUUAUCCCUGCGUCCUAGUCCCGCUGUUUCUAUAUCGCCCGAGCAGUCACCAAAUCAUCCCUGCUGAAUAGCAACGGACUCUCAUAUCGAUCCGCCUUGGUGCUACGUGCUUCCACCCGGUCUCGCAGUCAAUUGUUUGCCGCGUAAUCUUUGCGCACUAAUAUCUCGCGAGAUUGACUUCUCCUUCACCAAUGCAGCCUGAUCGCGCCUUCUGAGCUCAUGUGCUUACCGUACCAUGGCCCGAGAUGAUCAGGGCCGUAAGUCAGGACGCAACUUCGCGUCCUUACGGGCGACAUUCUCACGAAGCACUCUUGCGCUGAAUGAAGGAUUAACCAAGGAGGACGUCAGGAAACCCGCAGUCGAAGAGGUCAAACCGGCCCCAAAGACGAAGCAACUGGAUCGCCGCCAAUCCAAGUACACACUGUUCGACCUCUUUAGCAAACCCAAGGUUCAGACCGCUCGAGGCUACCAUGAGACAGGACUGCAACCUGUUGUUGAGCAGCUGCCACCACCACCGCAUCCGCUGCCACCACCACAGCCACCACCCUCAAAGCAGCUACAUGUUGUAGAAGAGAGGCCAAAGAGGGAAUUGGAGACGGUUGAGCCAUAUCCCACUCGAAAACCUCCGCCUCCUCCUCAACAGCAAUCCUUGCAGACGAGCGCAAUCGAGCCUCCAGCUCGGAUAGAACAACCACGGACAGCCGACUACUGGGAGGCCAUUCCGCUUUCUCAAGCAUACCCCCAGGCCAUCAGACACGGCGUACUCCAGUGCCCCGCAGCAUCCGUUGAUACGCUUCUGCGGUUGCAGAAUCUUAGGUCCCAAGCGGGGUUCCUUGGGAGCAACACUUCGCUGCCCUCCGUGAAGGAGAAUGGUGACAGCGAGACGCCCCAGGAAAGUGCAAAACUUGUGUCUCGACGAUUUUCCACACUCAAUGAAACUCCCGAGCUUGUGAAUAAGAUUUUCGUCUUGAUGACAACAGGGCGCCUGGUCCAGUAUACUGGUAAUGGAACUUCCGAUCGUAAGCCCGAAAAGGUGUUGCAGCUGGGCGAGAAGUCGGCCGCAUUUGUGUGUGACCUCAUACCUGGCAAGCAUUGGGUGGUUCAGGUUGUACAGCACAUGAAUGCGCAGGCGGCUCCUCAAAUCAACAAAUCGCGAUCGAUUCUCUCGCGGUUGCGCAACCCCGUAGCGGGAAGAAAAAAUGCCACGAACAUUUUGUUGGUCUUCAGAAGUGCUGAGGAUAUGCACGGGUGGCUGAGGGCGAUCAGGGGUAUCAUUGAGAAGAUGGGCGGGGAAAAGAAGAAAGAUGACGGUGAGGCUCAUGUCGUGAAUGAGGAAAGUGUGGACGCCGUCACCGAAGAGAAACUGGGCCACCGAUAUCGAAUAUCUAGACCGACGAGUUUGAUCUCGGCGACGUCUUCAACUCAUCGACCUCGAUCCAUGUCGUCUUUCUCACGGCCAAGAUCACCGCGUUCGCCAGUGGACAUUGCUGUUCCUCCAGUUCCAAGUAAUGCAAACAUGCCUGUCCAAAAUUCCCCAAGCAGCUCGCCUCGGGACGCCAGCUUUCCCGCGGAGCUCCAUUCGCUCGUGGGAAGGGCUACAAGUACUUCACCUAUGGACUCAUCUGUGGCUUCAAGUGACCAAGUUCGGCUUGAGAGGCUGAGAGAAGGGUCGCGAGCUUCUGAAAUCUCAACGAGGGCCUCUCAGGCAUCGGAUACAGAUCACGGGACAAUCCCAACUUCGAAGGCUUCCUCUCAACCGCCAUCGCCACAAGUCGAAAUAUUCGGUGACUUGUCUAGUGAGAGCCAACAAGCUCCGUGUACGUCAGACACUGUGGCGAGCAGCAACACUGGACAGUUGACGGUCGCGUCAACGGCUCCAACUGACACAAGCACAAUUGAAGCAAGCACACAGUCUCCGCAGCCGUCGUACGAAGACGUUAUGUCUUCACGCUUGAGCGAUAUUCUGGAGCCCAAAUCAGUUGAAGCUCCUGUGCUGAAUUCACAAAAUCCUCGAUCAAGAACGUCUGAAGUGUACUCUCACACGUUGCCUGCGAGGCUAAAAUUGCUAGAGAUUACUGAGAAAAGCAACUCGGAGAUUGAGUCGUGGGACGGAAGAUCGCGUCCCGAUUCUAUUGUAGGACAGCUACCAUCGAUUACAUCGCGAUCAUUGAGCCGUAUGGACUCUGUUUCAAACCCAAGACGCCCAUUAUCGCGUAUGCUUCCAAUCAGGCCAUCGGAUCCAAGCGCUGUGCCACCGCAACGAAGCGUUGGCCCAGGUCCUGUUGCCUAUCCUCGACGGUACUCUUCACUGCCUGCAACAAAAUCGCAAAGCAUGGAGUCUUCUCGAACGACGACACCGGUCACUUCUAACUCAAGAGAAAAUUCUUCUAGUCAAGCUACUGCAGAAACAACUAUGAAGCGAUUAUCUGCGCCUACACAUCGAGAGCGUAUGCCAUCACUUCCUUUGGUAAUAAAUCCUCAGCCCAGCCCACCUCAACAGGCCUCCCAACAGGUGCGCCCACUCCGCCGGCCAACUAGCCUCCAGAUUCGCUCGGAUCCUGCGCCAUUCCUGUCUCAGCGUCGCCCAAGCAUAACGAGUCGGCCGUCACAUGCUUCUACACUGUCAAACUCUUAUUUUGCAGGAUCAAUACCCUCGAACGACUUUUUACAGAGCGUUGGCCCCAGACGAGCUUCAAGCGUCGGUUUCAAGCCAUCCAACGCUCCCAUCGCCAGGCCAGUUGUCCCCGUAGCACCUCCAUCUGUCUUGGCCUCACCAGCGCCUACUCCAGCGCCAACGACUGCCCCGCCAGAACCACCUCAAAAUCCGAGCCGGCCUGCAGUGCGAACAAGAACUUCGAUGCCAGCUAUGAUGUUUUCCGGCUUGCCGCCAGCAGCACCUCCACCGAGCACGCCUCUUCCCUCGUUGCCGGCAAAUGUUUCUAGUCCCUCAGAACCACCCAACGUGCCGCUUCCCUCGUUGCCAGUAAAUAUGUCUAGUCCCUCAGAACCACCAAACAUGCCUCUUCCGCCAUUGCCACCAAAUGUAACACCUCCAUCUCAACGGGCAAGUAGGCCAUUGUCUUCAUUACCGCCAAACAUACCUCUACCGCCUCUCCCUACUCACGCAGUGGCCUUGUAACCCGACUACAUCCAUUCUUCGCUACGAACUGGAGUUUCUGGGAACAAUCGGCACAAGUUCUCGUGGCUCCUUUCGGCGAAAACAUGCAUCUGAUAUGUCAUUUAACGACCAAUUACAUCGAACACGGCCGCCGUAUUUUUUUUAUUACUUGAAAUGGUUUUCUGGCUCCCGGGGGGGAUUUACCUAUGUUGUACAGAUAGAAAGCUAUUCGGGCGCAUUUUAAGGCAUAACUUGUUGUCUUACUCUUACUCGGGAAUUUGUGAUACCACUUGUGUUCUAAAUUUUAGUCCUAAGAUCGGAAAUCAGGAGGUGGGGAAGGUCAUCAAAAGCUGAACCAUUUAGGGUUUAUGUAUAUAUGUACAUUAGAUACCAUAAUCCCAAGCUCGC